AUGCUGACAUCGGGGAAUGUUACUGCACCCACUCCCGUGGCAGCCGAUGUCGAUGAUGCGGCAGAGAAGGGUGUGCGUGCCGCGCUUGCCACCGGCAGUGGCGCUGUUGAGGAGGUCGUCCACGAUUCGGAUAUCGCUGCCAUCCAGGCCCACCUGGAUGCAGUGAAACGCACCGGGCAACCCCAAACACUGGCCAUAUCGGACAUAGCACAUGUGGAGCCCUCGGAGAGUCCCGCCAAUGGUUCGGCGGAGCCAACGACGGCCACUGAUGCUGAGAAGUCGGCAACGAAAGGGAAGGAGAAGGCGGCAGAGAAUCAGGAGGAGAAGUCGGUCGGCGAGGGGAAGUCGGUGAAGAAUGGAAAGGAGAAGGAGAAGGAACGGAAGGGUCAUGGCAUCCGGCACGACAGUUCGGGCGACGGACAAGGGUGGGUGGGCGAGAUUAAGCUGGUCAGCGCGUCGCGAUACAUCGGCAAGUCGCGCGACAAGAUGGAGCUGGCGUACCUGCACUCGAUUGCGUACAUCGUCUACGACGGUUACGUAAGCAAGGUCCUCAUCGACGAGCUCACCGUCUUGGAGAAAAUCGAGUUGGAGAAAUGGAGGAAGGUGUGGGAGGAGGUUAGGAUCCUGCCGACUGGGAUGUGGACGGUGAUAUGGGCCCGCGGCGCAUACCUUCCAAAAACACGGUUCGAUAAUAUACUCGACAAGUAUCGAGUGUAUAAGAGCUCUGGCGAUGCGCUCCACGACGCUCUCUUGCCGGCGAUCUGGUUCCCCAUCAAUGACGACACGAAGGAAGGCAAGGAGAAGUCGUCUGCUAUGAUGUCGGACAUGAUAGCGGCGUCCGCUUUCGCCGUGUGGUGCUUCGUCGAGACCGAUUCGUCGUCGGUGCUCGAUGCUGUGGGCGAAGGGAAGGCGGCGGCGAUGGUGGCAGGUGCGAGUGAGAAGACCGCCGAUGUAUUCAAGACGGUCAUGCAGUCGGUGUUGGAGGUCGAGAUCGAGAGGGAGCCAUUCGAAGGGGAGGUUGCCCACAAUGUCGCGCCGGCGUUGCAGAGUCAGGCACUAGAGAGGGCCUUUAAGGAAGGUGUUGUGGGAGUCGAGGCCGACGUGAUCGCACGAGCGACGAUAGAGACCAUGGCGUUCUAG